AUGUCAGGCGCCUUCACGAGCCCGUUCGGGGUCAACGCCAACCCGUUUGGCGGUGAUCGACCGUCGAACACGAUGCACAGCGUCGUCGAGGAGGACGAAAAUUCGUCCAACGGCGCGCCCCAAUUCUCGGGCGCCUUCGGAGCUAACGCCGCCGCCGACGCCUCGUGGUCGACAAGGAACGCGCCGACGCCGGAGAGCUACCCGGCUCAGUACAACUUUGCCCGUCGCACCUCGGUCUCGGCCGAGUCGCUCAAGCCCAGCGCCGACACGUACGACAACUGGUCGCCGCCCUUCCACGAGAAGACGCGCGAGCAGAUGGAGCGGCUGAAGCACGCCAUCGAGGGUAACUUCCUCUUCAACCACCUCGACGAGGACCAGAGCGCGCAGAUCCUCGGCGCCCUCGUCGAGAAGCCGAUCCCGGUGAUAAGCCAGGGCGAUGCCGGCGACUUCUUCUACGUCGUCGAGAAGGGCUCCUUCGACGUGCACGUCAACCCCAGCGGCACCAUCCAGCCCGGGGCCGGCGGCCUCGGCGAAAAGGUCGGAAACAUCCAGGCCGGCGGUUCCUUUGGCGAGCUCGCCCUCAUGUACAACGCGCCCCGUGCCGCCACCGUCAUCUCGGUCGAGGCCGGCUGCACCCUCUGGGCCCUCGACCGCCUCACCUUCCGCCGCAUCCUCAUGGAGUCGACGUUUGCCCGGAGGCGAAUGUACGAGGGGUUCCUCGAGGAGGUGCCCCUGCUCGCCUCCCUGACGCCCUACGAGCGUUCCAAGAUUGCCGACGCGCUCGAGACGCAGAAGUUUGCCCCCGGCACCAUCAUCAUCAAGGAGGGCGACCCGGGCCACUCCUUCUUCCUGCUCGAGAGCGGCCAGGCGGACGCUUUCAAGGGCGACCCGAGCAACAAGGUGCUGCACUAUGAGAAGGGUGACUUCUUCGGAGAGCUCGCCCUGCUCAACGACGCACCCAGAGCCGCUAGCGUCGUCGCCUCGUCGGACGUCAAGGUGGCGACGCUCGGCAAGAAUGCCUUUCAGAGGCUGCUGGGCCCCGUCGAGGGCAUCCUGCGCCGGACCAGGUACCAGGGCGUCGCUACGGGCGUCGAGGAGAUGGAUCCCUUGCAUAGAGAGUGA